UCCAAAGUUUCUUUAAUUACUUUUACAGCAUACUAAAGUAGAAGAACAAGAGGCAAAGAUUGUCAAACAUGGAUCAAAAUUUACCAUUAAGAUUGAAUCAUUAGGUGGUAUAAGUAUAACAAAUUAAAGUUGAAGAAUUUAGAAUAUUACUGAUCUAUAAUUAAGUUGGUUGACUUCAAAUCUUGUUCAUAAUGCAUCAUCAUUUUAUUGAGCUGUUGAGAUCUAACAAAGCUACUGAAUCCUUUCAGUGGGGAGGAACUAUAUCUUCCAUAUUCUUGUUGAUCCUGAAUUGGACAGGGAGGAGAUCAGCAUUGCCGACUACUCUUUUAACCUUGUAUCUGUUUACGAGUUUCCCAACUGUAUUUUUCGAAAUCUUAAGAGGACAGUUCGGCUAUUGGAUUGCGUUUCUUGCUGUUGCCGCAAAUCUAUUUUUUCCUGAAACCUUUCCAGUUUCUCGCUUCAUAUUGUUUGUGGUCAUACCUGAAUGGCUGGCUAAUGGACUGCGCAAUAGCAUUGCUGGUGUUAUCCUUUGUCUCAUAUUAUUAGUUUCGCUUGGGAUGGUAGAGCUUCAAGAAACUGGACAAUUAAGGAGUCGUGACUGUAAUAUGCGUUGCUUUUUCUAUGGUCUAGGUCUAGCUUGCUUGUUUCUGUUCACAGUAUUGUCGCUACACGUAGUCACUUAGAACCGAGGUUAAUUAAUUUCCGUAGGUAAGGGUAACCAAAACCACUUUGCGCCUUUCAUCUUGAUCCUGACUUAGGGAUGUGCAAUGUUAAACAGAUUCUGUUGAUCGCA